CGCGGGGGCAAAUUGCGAUGACCGACAAACCAAAACAGUGAUAACAAAAUUUUUGAUCGUUUGAAAAUCCCUCCGUUUAUAGCGCGCAUGCGUGAAAACGCCUCAGUGAUUGGCUGUUAAAAGGAACGUUCGGAAAGACAACAUAAACAAACAUGAGUGAAACGAAUAUCAACGGUGUCAGUCCUGUUGUGAGUGUCAGUCGGUCUGCUUGUAACAGUAAAGGAAGCAUGAUUGUUGUUUCCAACCGAUUACCUUUUAUUCUCAAAAGAAAUGAAAAAACCGGUGAAUUAGAAAGGAAAGCCAGUGCUGGCGGUCUGGUGACGGCAGUGGCCCCCGUGGUUAUCCGCUGCAGCGGUAUCUGGGUGGGCUGGCCCGGUAUUCACCUCGAGGACCCCAAUGAGAAGAUCCCCGAGUCAGAUCCCAAUGACAAGACCCCGACUGCUGGGCUGCUCUCUAAGAAGAUCGUUCCUAUCAACGCAGAACCGAAACUAUUCGACAGCUACUACAAUGGCUGUUGCAAUGGUACAUUCUGGCCGCUUUUCCACUCCAUGCCUGACCGUGCCACCUUCAUCGCUGACCACUGGAGGGCAUACAUCAAAACCAACGAAGAAUUCGCUGAAAAGACUGUACAUGCUCUGCACUUGCUGAAGGAGAGCAACGAGAAGAAUGGAUCUCCUCCCAUCGUCUGGGUUCAUGAUUACCACCUCAUGUUAACGGCUAACUGGAUCCGACAGAGAGCCGAAGAAGAUAACAUAAAAUGCAAACUGGCAUUCUUCCUUCACAUUCCUUUCCCACCCUGGGAUAUCUUUAGACUGUUCCCGUGGUCCGAUGAAGUUCUUCAAGGAAUACUCGGUUGUGACAUGGUUGGGUUCCAUAUUACAGACUACUGUCUAAAUUUCAUAGACUGCUGCCAAAGAAACCUAGGUUGCCGUGUGGACAGAAAGAACUUGCUUGUCGAAUUAGGUGGACGCACUAUUUGCGUCCGACCGCUGCCCAUCGGAGUGCCCUUCGAUAGAUUUGUGCAGCUAGCCCAAAACGUGAAACCAGUGCUUCAAAAUCAAAACCAAAAGAUCAUUCUUGGUGUCGAUAGACUGGAUUACACCAAAGGUCUAGUGCACAGAUUGAAAGCUUUCGAAAGACUACUGCAUAAACAUCCCGAGCACAUUGAGAAAGUGGUGUUAUUGCAGAUAUCAGUGCCAUCAAGAACAGAUGUAAAAGAGUACCAAGAACUGAAAGAAGAAAUGGAUCAACUUGUCGGAAGAAUCAACGGGAGAUUUACUACGCCUAACUGGUCCCCAAUCAGAUAUAUCUACGGAUGUGUGGGACAAGACGAGUUAGCUGCUUUCUACAGAGAUGCAGCAGUCGCUUUGGUGACCCCCCUACGUGAUGGCAUGAACUUGGUAGCUAAGGAAUUCGUGGCUUGCCAGAUCAACAAAACUCCAGGCGUUCUAAUCGUUUCUCCUUUCGCCGGAGCUGGAGAAAUGAUGCACGAAGCUCUCAUCUGCAACCCUUAUGAACUCGACGAUGCAGCUGAAAUCAUCCACAGAGCCCUCAUAAUGCCGGAAGAUGAGCGCAUCGUGAGGAUGAACAACCUCCGCAGAAGAGAGCAACUCAACGACGUCGACUCCUGGAUGAAGGCUUUCCUCAAGGCCAUGGACUCCUUGGAAGAAGAUGCUGAUGACAUCGGAGCCACUACCAUGCAGCCCGUCACUAUUGAUGACUUCGACGAGUAUUUGUCUAAAUACAUCGGCUACACCCAAAAGCUGGCUCUCCUGCUUGACUACGACGGUACCCUGGCACCCAUCGCCCCUCACCCAGACCUGGCUACCCUGCCGCUGGAGACCAAGCACACGCUGCAAAGACUCUCCAAUAUGUCUGACGUCUACAUUGCUAUUAUUUCAGGAAGAAACGUUGACAACGUCAAAAAUAUGGUUGGCAUCGAAGGCAUCACAUAUGCUGGCAACCAUGGUCUGGAGAUCUUACAUCCUGACGGGAGCAAGUUCGUUCACCCCAUGCCCAUGGAGCUGCACGACAAAGUUGCUGAUCUGCUCAAAGCUCUUCAGGAACAGGUUUGCAAGGAUGGUGCUUGGGUGGAGAACAAAGGUGCUCUCCUAACAUUCCACUUCCGCGAAACGCCAUUAGCCAAGCGUGCCGCCCUGGCGGAGCAGGCGAGGAAGCUGAUCAAAGCCGCUGGCUUCACACCAGCGCCGGCGCACUGUGCCCUUGAGGCUCGUCCGCCCGUUGCAUGGAAUAAAGGUCGUGCCUCCAUCUACAUCUUGAGGACAGCAUUUGGCCUGGACUGGAGCGAGAGAAUCAGAGUUAUCUACGCGGGUGACGACGUCACUGAUGAAGAUGCAAUGCAGGCUUUGAAAGGUAUGGCAGCAACAUUCCGCAUCGCGUCUUCGAGCAUCACUAAGACAUCAGCCGAGAGGCGAUUGUCCUCUACGGACUCGGUUCUAGCCAUGCUCAAGUGGGUGGAACGCCACUUCUCCCGCCGCAAGCCCAGAGCCAACUCCCUCACCUACAAGAACGCUAGAAAAGCAAGAGACAGCAUACAAAUGCACAUGUCCUACCAAUUGCCCCCAAAGACAUCGCCGAAGGCGUCACCACCUCGCAGCCGAGAACAUAGCGACAAAUCUUCCAGUGGAUCUGAAUCCAGUUAAUUUUGUCAUUCCGCUGGUAGGUAGGAGCUGUAGCAAACCAGACACUCUUGAUCUUAAGACCAAGUUAAAUGUAAAUAUAGCAGAUUGAGAGCAUCUAUGGGUCUUUUAGUUUCUGUAUCGCAGCUUUUGUUUGUCAGUGGACGUAUGCAAUGCUGUCCAGUCUGUGCAAUAACUAGGACUUCAUUUGAGAUUAUAAAACAACUUAUAAACAAUGCCAAAAAUUGCCUUCUUAAAGUCAAUUGGAUAGUCAGUUUUUAAAUUGAUACUCGAGAAUUUUACUCGUAAUUUUGAAUUAAAUAUUUUAUAAAUUUUUAUACAGGAGUUCGCGUAGUGCACAAAACAAUUAACAGUAUUGAUUGUUAUUGAUUGUUCCUAAUAUUUCAAAGCAAACUAUUUUAAAACAUUUUACACUUAUUUCGUUGAUUACGACGAAUUUAGAUGUGACUGAAUUUUUGAAAAAUGUACUUAGUAAUGCCCUAAAUAUCAAGAAAUACCAAACAUUUCCAUAUUCUUUGUUUAAUAAUAUUUCUAAUGCAUAUUUUGAGCAUAGAUGCUUUUAUACAUGAUAUUUAUACAUUUACUGCUUAGGAUAACUCUUCGACGUAACUACGUAUGCUCUACAUUUUACUAUAUUUAUGUGAUAGAAGUGAUAAUUUUAGAUUUAAGUACUUAUGGCUAUGUGUAGGUAUGGUAUAUAUGUCUGCUAAGAAAAACAUCGUGCAUUUCUUUCAAAUAGACUAGACAAAACAAGGGAAACUAUCUAGAAUGAAAAUGAAAAUGAAGGUAAUUUUUCAGUUGUCUAUAUUUAUCUGAAAUGUAACUAUAGUCAAAAACCUUUUUCUGUAUCAAAUAUAUCUCUAAAAGAGAUGAAAGUGCAUAUUUAUGAAAAUUUCGGAAUAUUAUUAAUAAUGGUGUUUGAUUUAAGUUCAAUUUGACAACAUAGUCUUUGUUUGUUACUAAAUUUGAACCAAUUUUAUUCUCUAAAUAUUAUAAUUAGUAAAUGUGUGUAUAUUUGUUUCAUGGAAUGUUGAGAGAGUAGAAGUAGUCUUCGUAUAGUGUAUGUGGCAGGAUUUAGCACAAUUAUCCAAAAAUCGCACUGAAAUAACUCGAAUUUCUUUGUCGCGUUUAUUUUUAGAACUAUAAAUGUUUUAUAAGGAUUGCAAUAAAAAUUACAAACAGACGGAAAA